AUGAGAGUUGAUUAUGCAAAAAAAAAAACAAGUGAAAGUUUUAAGAACAUCUGUUUGUCUGAAUUGUUUCAGUUUUAUGGUCUAAGUACCAUAAUCCGAGGCGACUCUGGCAGUGGUAAAUCCAUCAUAGCACAGAAGAUUAUGUUGGACUGGGCAUCUGACACAAUUUCUCUUAGACGUUUUAAGUUAGUUUUCUAUCUGAAGUGUGAGGAGCUGAUGUGUACUUCUAAAGAGAUGAACAUAAUUCAACUCUUGAGCUACAGCUGUAGCUUAACAUCAGAUGAGAUCUCACAGAUGUUACAGCAGUCACCACAGAAGAUUCUUUUCAUCAUUGAUGGAUUUGAUGAGCUGAGACUCACGCAGGACAUUUAUGACAUGUCAGCACACACUAAUCCACUUCAAAAAGCUCCACCUGAAGUUAUUCUUUGUGCCCUCUCAAGGGGUAACAUCAUGCCAGAGUCCUUCCUGCUGGUCACCACCAAAACUAAGGACACAGUAAACAAGCUGCUGAAAGGACAACCCUGUUUCACUGAGAUAAUGGGCUUUUAUGAGAAGGAGGUGGAGAAGUACUUCCAGAAGUUCAUCUUCAUUAAAGCAUAUUAUUCUGUGAUAGCGAAUGAAACCCUUUUCUCUGCCUGUUCCAUUCCCAUUAUCUGCCGGAUCAUCAUUGAAAGGGUAAAAUUUGGUGCAGUAACAAACAAAGUAAAAACCACCACCUCCAUCUACGCUGACUUUGUGUCAACUCUACGAGAGCAUCACUGCCAGGGUUUGAGUCAGCCUGCACUGACCCUGCUGAGGAGUCUGGGUCAGCUGGCAGAGAGAGGCAUGCUGGAACAACAAGUGCUGUUUGAUGAGAAAGGCUUGCAUGAAAUGGUUUUAGACCCUGCUUACAGUCCAUUCCUGUCCAAGUUACUCUUUAAAAGAAGAAUCUGGCAGGAGACGAUGUUCAGUUUCAUGCAUCACAGCUUUCAGGAGCUCUUCACUGCUCUGUACUACGUCCUUCUGGAUGAAGAACAGUCCCAGGAAAAAGUAAAAGAGCUGCUUCACACUGUAGAGAGAGGAUGGGCUUUGUCCUUUUGGUCUGAUAGAGACUUUUCAAUGGCAGAUGUAGAAGCAAGACAUGCAAAACUGCUGCAACCUGUGAUUCUGUUCCUAUGUGGUCUCUGUAAGAAAAAAUGUAUCCCAUCAUUCUUUGAAAAGCUCAACGUGGCCCUUUCAAUCAGCGUAGAAACCCAGCUUAAGGAAUGGAUCAUUCAGUGUUCACAGAGAUAUCAAAAUGAACACAUGCUGUUCAUUCUCCAUUGUCUCUAUGAGCUUCAUGAUAAUUUGAUUUUGAUAGAUCUCUCUUAUACUCCACUGAAAAUGACAGACUGUUGGGUGUUGAAGUACUGUUUACAGUGCUGUGAACACAUCAGAGACCUGAAACUCCAUGUAACAUCUGAUAAUCUGAAGAUGCUCCUGCCUGACCUGUCCCGCUGUAAACAGCUGUGGUUAAUAAUGGAUCGCAUUUCAGACGAUGUUGUUUGUUUGAUCACAGCCUCUGGUGGAGGAAAGAGUCUGCAUAAACUGAUUAUAAAGCUGCUUGAAAACAGUGGAACUGUGUUCUGCCCAGAGAUUGUGUCCAUCAAAAAUAAAGAUAUCACAUAA